CUGACCGCCAAAAUUCCCGCGCUUCUCCCGUCUUUCCUCUUCCUAUUCACAAUAUCCAUCAUCCAUCCAUCCAACCAUCCAUCUUUUGUUUCCACCACAAAUUUCCAUCUCAAAAACUGUUCUGACGUGACUGCCUUUGUUCACAUAAUUCCGAGUCAACAAGGCGAUAACUACAGUUUUUUUCUAUAUCUCGCUUUUCUGAAGAGUCGUUUUUCGUACUAACCUUUUAAUUUCACUGAAGCCACACUCCGUACCGAACACAUAACCAUUUAGACGACAAUGUCUUGGGCAUCACAAGCGGCGCCUGGCGUCCAAACAACGCCAUACUCUUAUCCGCAAUCAAUCAAUACUGCGUAUACUGCAGUUCCGGUUCGUACCGGCUUUGAUCAACAAACAUAUACAGUCCAACCACAGUAUCCUUAUUCCGCCCCUGCUAAUCCCCCGCAACCAACAACUACCAUGGCUUCUCAAACGAACCAGCAACACCCUCAGCAACAGAAGUUCGACUGGCCAGAUUCCGUCCGCAGCUACGUGCAACGAUCCUUCCAGACGUGGAGCCAGGAUUCCGGUGUAUCCCGUGCCGAGAUGGAAGCCAAGCUUAAGCAGACUAUACGCUUCACUCAGGACAACGGAACGAUGUACACCGCGGAUUGGAACACUAUGCCCUUGCCUCAAGAUAUCAUUAAGUAUGAACGUCAAGAAGCGUUGAAGGCACCAGUCAUAGUAUCGGCAACAGCUACCCCAGCUGUUGCAAACCCCAAGAAGAGGAAAUCCUCGGAUCUUAGCGGACCUGAGCCUACAGUGCCGUGGCGCGAUGCUAAGGUACUUUCCCUCGAAGACCGAAUUACUAAACCCGCUAUGGACGGCCCCCUACCGGCUAAAAGUAAGUUUCAGAAAAAUGUUGAGAAGCGGCAGCGCCGCGGUGAUGGCGGUUACCAGUCUUCCUAUCGAUCUCCUAGCCCGCCGCCCCCUGCCGGACCCAUCGUUGGUCUCAACGAGAAUCUAGAAAAGAGAUAUCUUCGUCUGACUGCCGCCCCUAAAGCGACGGAUGUUCGCCCUGAACGCAUCCUACACCUAACGUUGGACUUACUUAAGAAGAAGUGGCGUAAGGACGGCAACUAUAACUAUAUUUGUGACCAGUUCAAGUCGCUUCGCCAGGAUCUGACCGUGCAGCGUGUCAGAAAUGAGUUUACCGUUUCCGUUUAUGAAAUCCAUGCUAGAAUUGCGUUAGAGAAGGGGGAUCUUGGUGAGUAUAAUCAGUGUCAGACCCAGCUACGUGCUCUCUACAAGGCUGGACUGAAGGGCAAUUCUACCGAGUUCAAGGCGUAUCGUAUCUUGUAUUUCAUCCACACAGCGAACCGAACGGCGUUGAAUGAUGCCAUUGCAGAUCUAACCACAGCAGAGAAAGAAGAGCGACCCAUCAAACACGCACUAGACGUACGUUCAGCGUUGGCUUUAGGCAACUACCACAAGUUCUUCCAGCUUUACAUGGACGUCCCCAAUAUGGGGGCAUAUCUGAUGGAUAUGUUCAUUAAACGUGAGCGACUUUCUGCACUUGCGACCAUGUGCAAAUCAUUUAAACAGGAUCUUAAGUUACGGUACAUUACUGAGGAGCUCGCGUUCGAGUCUGACGCUGAAGCUGCCCAAUUCAUUCUCGAUUACAACGGUGGAGAGUUCCUCCAAGAACGGACAGAGCAUAUUAUGUUUCUGACCGGAAAGGCUGGAACGCUCUUCGAGACGGCUCGGAGUGAAGCAUUCCGUAGGGUCGACCUUAAGGGCCAGAUUUGACCUAUCUCACCUCUUCUCUUCUCUUUUCGUAUCCCCUGCGUUUCUCUCCGACAUAACAUUCAUCAUUUCUGGCAUCUGUGACUGCAGCAAGUCACUUUGCAUCAUUCCUUCGUAGACACCCUUUGCAACAUUUCCGAACAACACCACUUCUUGAGUUUGACGAUAUGCGUACGAGAUAGAUGACUCUGGAUAUUGAAACUUGGCUCCGCCUGGGUUCGAAUCUGUGGUUCGACUAUUGAUAUCUCUUCGAGAUCGAUCUCUCGUGGUCUACUACGUCGGCUUUCGAAAGGCCCUUACAUUGACUUUACAUCACAGUAAACGGUAAUGGUACGCAUUGGCAUAGGUGGUUGGGGGCCGAGGGGGGAAGUUUCGGUGGGGAGUGGAGGGGUUCAUCUGAUUUCGAGGCUGGCGUUUGACACAGGGGCAAUGGGUGCUUACUGAGCACUGGUUGACCUCGGCAUCUUGGUGUCUAUCUAGCUGAAGUGUUUGGAGUUCGGCGUUUCUGGACCGAGUGGCCUAGUUGCUUUACCGAUACCCUGUUGUUCAUCAACCUAUUCUAUUAACUCGGAGUUUCAUGGAAGGGCUCGACAAAAAGGAUUGGUAGACACAACUAGAUAGUUAAGUCGAGAUAAAAGUUUCAUAGUUUCGACAGUCAGACAGCAUAGCUGAUGCCGAACAUAAUUCAUCUGCAGUCUUGAGUA